AAACUCCAAAAUGCAACUUGUCAACUUUCUGAACAGGUACCCACCGAACUCAAGACAAACUUAACGCAGAGCUAACAGAACCCUAAAGCCUAAAACUUUCUCUCUUAACACAUUCUGGCUUCUGCAUACUUACCCAUCCAUGGCUCAGUGGGCAGGAUCUUAAUUUGGAGAAACUGGUUGGAGGGUGAAUGCUGUUAAAUUGGCAUCAAUGGCGGAGUUGAUUGGGCCAAGAUUGUACAGUUGCUGUAAUUGUAGAAACCAUGUUGCCCUUCACGAUGAUGUCAUUUCCAAGGCUUUUCAGGGAAUACAUGGUCGAGCCUUUCUGUUCUCUCAUACAAUGAACAUUGUGGUCGGGCCAAAGGAGGACAGGCAGCUAAUGACCGGCCUCCACACAGUUGCUGAUGUCUAUUGCUGUGACUGUCAUGAGGUGCUUGGUUGGAAAUAUGAACGAGCUUAUGAGGAAGGACAGAAGUACAAGGAAGGGAAGUUCAUACUUGAGAAGUCCAAAAUAGUCGAGGAAAACUGGUAGCAGCACUCCUGCAGCAUUCUGUUCACCUCAUCGUGUCAGUGGUAACAAAAUAACCAAAAAAAAAAAAAAAAGGUGCUUGUAACAGAGACGGGGAAGCAUAACAGGGAGCUGGCCAGGCAAGGAACCAACCACGUAACUGAAUUGACCAGUACAGCUUUGAGCUUGGAAGGAACCUAAUUCGUCUUCCAAAUAUUUUCUUGGAAGACGGUGAUUGUAUUAAAGGGCUCAUGACACCUAUUUACUUCCAGACCAUGCUUAUUCUAUAUCAAUGUUACUUUCAUAUCUGCUUUAAAUGAAAAGUGCUAAUAUA